AUGCCACAGCACCACAGGGAAGUUAACGGGUCUCAAACAUGCGGAACGCAUCUCCCUGGGACGCGACCCGCAGGCAGCCAUCUGCUGCAAGCGCAAUCUCUUCGCUCGAAGACGCACCUCUGCUGCACAAACUCUUUCUCAACAGGAGCAACUGUCAAAGUGAAGACUGAGCAUGCAUACUGCUGGAACGAUCGAGACAGCCUUCACCUCCAGGACAGCAUCCGUGAGCCCUCUUCCCUACAAGGGCCGGCUGGGGCAGACUGCUUCAACAGUGGAGACGGCCAGAGUGACUCCCUUUCCCUGAGAGGCACACUGGACGCGUUGCAACCCACGACACAGUCCAAACAUGAGGGCGUACACCAGUGCCGUUUUUGCCCUUUUUCCAGUCAUUACAUAUAUCGUGUCACCAAGCACGAAAGGGCGCACACAGGGGAAAAGCCUUUUAGCUGCUCUGUUUGUGACAAAGCGUUUUCUAGAAGCGGUUGCUUAAAACAGCACAUGAGGACUCACACGGGUGAAAAGCCAUUCCGUUGCGAGGUGUGUCAGAAGGCGUUUUUACUUAGAACUAACUUGGUGGUUCACAAAAGAGUCCAUACGGGGGAGAAACCUUAUCAGUGCAGAACAUGUGGGAAGCCAUUUGCAGAUAAAUCCACGCUGUCGGCACACGAGAGAAUUCACAGUGGCGAGCAGCCUUACAGAUGCAAAGCCUGUGGGAGAACGUUCAGGCAGAGCAGCUCUUUCAAUAGGCAUUGGAAGACGACACACAAUUGAAAAAUUGUCAUUGUGCUAUUUCUGGAUGUGGUUUAUGAGGACGUAUUUAAUAUUUGACUGUGCACUUUGCUGUCUGUCCAGCAUUUUUUUUUUUUUACAAGAGGAAGUUCAGUACAGUAAUACCUCGUUAACUCGAACACGGCUAACUCGAAAUAGUGGUUAAGUCUUAAAAUUUCCUUGUCAUGGAAUGAGCUCCCAUAAGAACAAUGCAUUUUGUCCUUGCUUAUCUCGAAAGGUUUUGAGGACGGGCUUCGGAUAUCUCAAAAUCUACACAGCGAAAAUCAUAAAAAAAAAAAAAAAAACUACCGCAAAAACUAAAAAAAGAUGCAGACGCAAAUUAAAAAAAAGUGUGCAACCACAAAAAAAAAAAUUGUUUUGUUUUUUAUGACCCCCACUUGGACAAGCCAAUGGCAAGCUGAGGUGCUUGGCGUUUGGUGCCCCCUCUCCCUCGAGUGUUUUGUUCGGCUUUGUCCUUCGUUUUCUCUUUUUUGCUUCUGGGUUCCUUGCGUUUCCCUUCCCUUCCCGGUCCGGUCCUCAUCUUGUCAAUCUAUUGCAGGGGUGGCCAGGCUGACCCGGCUUAAGAGCCGCAAACAAAGCUACGAAACUUCCAAGAGCCGUGGUAGGGGAGGAAGGGGGGGGGGGGGGGGGGGGCGCAAGGCGGCAAACUUGUCCAGAGUAAUAAAUGAAACUGGAAGUACUUUAAAUCUAUCCCAGUCGAAAGCAGUCUAACUGUACCUAAUGUAGCAGUAGCACAAGACUACCAAACCGCAACCUGUCUUUCGAUUUAAAACGCGUUCCAUGUCUCUUUUAGAGGGAAGUGAUUGUGUGACCGGGAGGGUGGCGUUGUGGGGGGAGGGGAAGAAGAGGAAGCUGCGAGCCGCAGCUUGGCCACCCCUGAUCUAGUGUUUCGGAUAGUGUCUCAUUCGUUUCAAGUGUUGCUGCACUUUGUUGCUUGUCCGCCAUUUUUGUUUCGGGUGUUUUGAUCAUCUCGCGGCACCAUACGAGUAAAGGUCAAGUGUUCAAUUCGGUCAUCGGUUGAGAACUUUCCGACGUUGUUGGCGCGUGACUCAAUUGACCGUGAUUAUGGCGCAGCCCAAACGGUGCAAAUCAUUGACGCUUGAAAGGAAAGUUCCUCUCAUCAAAGAAGUUAAUGUUGCCGCAAUUGUUAUAAGUUUUAUCUAGAUCAGGGGUAACAAAUUCCUGUACUUUGCUAAUCUAGAAAGUUCGCUUAUCUCAAAUUUUUUCACGAUUUUUAUGACUUCGAGUUUGCGAGGUAUUACUGUAAUACAACCAUCUUUAUCAGCUGUGAACAGCCAGUGUGAUUGUUGUCCAGGAACAGCGGCAGUAUGGCCAUUGGGGCAUUUCUGUUCCUUGCUUGUUAAUGGCCUUAAUUCAAUACAGCUGAACAGCUUCUAUCUUGAGGACCUUUUUUCAUUUUGAGGUGCAUGUAAUUCUUUUUGUCUCAUCAUUUUAAUAAUGUUUUGAAGUUUUUUUGGCACUGGUGCAGGCUGAAUAGUGUUGCUGAUAUUGUAAAAAAUAUGCUACCUUGCACUAGGUACUUCAUUCCAGGUUUUGUCUUAUUUUAUGGAUUUAGUGGAUCACAAAUAAAAUACUAUCCCAUGCAA